GAGGAGGGAUUUACACUCAGAGAAGUUUGACACGAAUACACAACGCAGGCUGUGCCGGGAAUAAUACACACAAGCGUGCGGACCAGUGCGGGAUAAGUGAGUGUGGGCUUGGCACGGCUUGAGUUUAGGUGUGCCAGCAGCCUGGACUUUGAAGUUUUUUUUAUUUAUUUCUGGGAUCAGCAUCAAAGCUCCGGAGCUGCUCGGUCGCCUCCACCACAGCAGCAGCAGCAGCGGCGGGCAGCUCAUGCAUGCACCGCCUGGCGCUCAGCCUGCACGGAAACGGACUGUUUAGUUUUUCGGUGCAUGGAGUUUGGCACACGGCAGGUCCCAGUGGGGCGAAAGCGACAUUUAUACUUUCUUUAACCAGCCGUGUGUCGCCACCGCGGUCAGCCUGCGCGGUGCACGCCGGGGCAGGGAGCGUCUCUGACGGGGAACUACAGCAAGGAGAGUCGGUCACAGUCGGAGCUCACCGGAGCUUCUCUCUGGCUCCUGCUCGCUUUCUUUGAUAUUAGUUUGAACCGGGACUCCCGUGUGUUUAUUCGCUGGUUUCCCCCGGAGACUCGGUGGUGUUAUUUUCGUUGGACGUGUCAGUUUUCCCCUGACAGGGAGUUUGUUUGUCGGAGGGGAACUUGGUGUCGUCGUGGAGGGAUUUUCUUCAGCCCCGGACUUGGAGCGGUGACAGCGGGGUUUAACUGGCGGAAUAAUCAAUAGAAAAAAAAAAAACGUCUGGUGUGGGGAAGUGUAUGUGGCUAACACGGAACUAGCUCCAGUACCGAGCCGAGCCAGACCCGACCAUGCCAGUCAGAAAGAAAGACGCACAGCGAGCUCUGCUGCUGCUGGAGGAGUACCGGGCCAAGCUGAACCACACCGAGGACCGGCAGCUCCGACACUCCAUCCAGAGGGUCAUCGACAUCUUCCAGAGCAACCUCUUCCAGGCUCUCAUAGAUAUCCAGGAAUUUUAUGAAGUGACCUUAUUGGACAGUCAGCGAUGGACGGAGUCUUCCAAGGGGGCGGACCCCAUGACGCCCAUCAACCUGUGGGACUUCUCCAGCCUUCAAAGCACAACGGUGACCUCGGACACUCUGCCCAGCCUUAGCACCAGCAUCGAGAAGUACAGGCACCACGAUGAGGACUCGUCCCCCCAGGACCAGAGCUCCCCCCAGCUGACGGAGGAGACGGGGGGGCCGGAGCUGGUCCAGGUCGCGGAGAAGAACCUUUCCCAGAUCGAGAAUGUGCACGGAUACGUCACCCACGCUCACAUCUCACCUAUGAAGGUAGCGUCUCUGGAGUGCAUCUUUGACGGCUCUACAGCGUUAGGACAGCAUCACCCGGAGCUCCCCUCCCCUACGUCCUCCACCCUCUACCCCCACGGAGAGGACAGCCCCGUCCCCUCCUGCUCCUCCAACCCCUACCCCCCGAUCCAGGCCAAUCCUCCCCCUGUGGUGGUCAACACCGACAGCCUGGACACGCCUCCAUACGUGAACGGGACGGAGGCUGACUAUGAGUACGAGGAGAUCACACUGGAGAGGGGAAACUCGGGGCUGGGCUUCAGCAUCGCCGGCGGCACAGACAACCCCCACAUCGGUGAAGACCCCAGCAUCUUCAUCACCAAAGUCAUACCUGGAGGAGCCGCCGCCCAGGACGGACGUCUCAGGGUGAACGACGUCAUCCUGAGAGUUAACGAGGUGGACGUUCGAGACGUGACCCACAGCCGAGCCGUGGAGGCUCUGAAGGAGGCGGGCUCUCUGGUGCGACUCUACGUCCGCAGGAGGAAACCCGUCUCUGAGAAAGUGAUGGAGAUCAAACUGGUGAAAGGACCCAAAGGUCUCGGCUUCAGUAUAGCAGGCGGAGUGGGGAACCAGCACAUCCCGGGCGACAACAGCAUCUACGUCACCAAGAUCAUCGAAGGCGGAGCGGCACAUAAAGACGGGAGGCUGCAGAUCGGAGACAAACUGCUGGCUGUGAACAGUGCUUGCCUGGAGGAGGUGAGCCAUGAACACGCCGUCACUGCCUUGAAAAACACUCCUGACGUGGUCUACUUGAAAGUGGCCAAACCCAACAGUGUCUUCAUGAACGACAGCUUCGCCCCGCCCGACCUCACCAACUCGUACUCCCAGCACAUGGAGAACCAUAUCAGCCCCCCCAACUUCCUCGGUCAGACCCUGCCCCCGCCAGCAUCCUCGGGACGCUACUCCCCGACCCCGAAGAGCAUGCUGGGAGACGACGAUGUCACCCGGGAGCCCAGGAAGGUGGUGCUGCACAGAGGAGCGACGGGACUGGGCUUCAACAUCGUGGGCGGGGAGGACGGAGAGGGGAUCUUCAUCUCCUUCAUCCUCGCGGGAGGACCAGCCGACCUCUGUGGAGAGCUGAGGAAAGGAGACAGACUCGUCUCAGUGAACGGGGUGGACCUACGAAACGCCACCCACGAACAGGCCGCCGCCGCCCUGAAGAACGCGGGGCAGACCGUGACCAUCAUCGCCCACUACAGACCAGAGGAGUACAGUCGCUUCGAGGCGAAGAUCCACGACCUGAGAGAGCAGAUGAUGAACAGCAGCAUCAGUUCUGGAUCUGGAUCUCUGAGGACGAGUCAGAAGAGGUCGCUAUACGUCAGAGCUCUGUUCGACUACGAUAAGACCAGAGACUCAGGUCUGCCCAGUCAGGGACUCAACUUCAAGUUCGGAGACAUCCUCCAUGUGGUGAACGCCUCCGACGACGAGUGGUGGCAGGCCAGACAGCUGACGGCACAGGGGGAGGUGGAGGAGGUGGGGGUCAUCCCCAGCAAGAGACGGGUUGAGAAGAAGGAGAGAGCGAGAUUAAAGACGGUGAAGUUCAACGCCAAGUCUCGAGACAGAGGGUCUCUCAAUGACAAGCGUAAAAAGAACCUCUUUUCCCGAAAGUUUCCGUUCUACAAGAGCAAAGAGGCGAGCGAGCAGGAGACCAGUGAUGUCGACCAACACGUGACCUCUAACGCCAGCGAUAGUGAGAGUAGCUACCGUGGACAGGAGGAGUAUGUUUUGUCGUAUGAACCCGUCGUUCAGCAGGAAGUGAACUACACCCGUCCCGUCAUCAUCCUCGGCCCCAUGAAGGAUCGGAUCAACGACGACCUGAUCUCCGAGUUCCCCGACAAGUUCGGAUCCUGCGUCCCUCACACGACCCGGCCGAAGCGGGACUACGAGGUGGACGGCAGAGAUUAUCACUUCGUGGUGUCCAGGGAGCAGAUGGAGAAAGACAUCCAGGACCACAAGUUCAUCGAGGCGGGACAGUACAACAACCACCUGUACGGAACCAGCGUGCAGUCGGUCCGAGAGGUGGCCGAGAAGGGUAAACACUGUAUCCUGGACGUGUCAGGAAACGCCAUCAAGAGACUCCAGCUGGCUCAGCUCCACCCCAUCGCCAUCUUCAUCAAACCCAAAUCUGUGGAGAACAUCAUGGAGAUGAACAAGCGUCUGACGGAGGAGCAGGGCAGGAAAACCUUCGACAGAGCCACCAAGCUGGAGCAGGAGUUCACCGAGCAUUUCACAGCCAUCGUGCAGGGCGACACUCUGGAGGAGAUCUACGAGCAGGUGAAGCAGAUCAUCGAGGAGCAGUCGGGUCCGUUCAUCUGGGUCCAGUCCAAGGAGAAGUUAUGAAGCUGGAACGCUCCUCUCCUCCUCCUCCUCCUCUUCCUCUUCCUCUCUUUAGAUUCAGUUUGUUUUAUUUUGAAAAGAAAAGUCGACCUGCAGACAGCAGCCCCCCCUGCCCCUCCCCCUCCUGAUCACCUGACACAGUGGCCGACCGGAGCGUCGCUUCACUGAAUCAGACUCCUGACCAGCAGAGUAAAGCACACAGGAAGUAUGAUGACAUCACACUCAACACGGUACAGCUCCUUAAUGUUUAAGGGAGGAGAAGUUGAGAGGAGGAGAAGAAGAGGAGGAGGAGGAGUCCAUGAAGAAGAAGAGUACGAAGCAGAUUUUCUCUUUUGGUUUUUGUUUGUGGGUUUUUUUCCCUGGUUUCGGUCUCGUGAGGUUUUUGACGGACGGAGUUUCUCAGGCGCCGUCUGUCGUUCGCAGGAAGGCGGAGACACAAAAAGCAAAACUUUGCACGUUUGAGCUUUAACAGCAUGUCAGUAAAUCCCCCGUUUUUUUCCCAUCAGCCCCUUCACCUCAGCGUCUGACGUCACAGCUUUUCUCCUUUGUUCUGCGUUCAUUUCAUCUUUUUUCUUUCUUUCUUUCCUUAAUUUUUUUUUUUACACUUCAAUCGUUCACGUUUAGUUUGAUUUCUCGCUCCUCACAGCUGCUGGAUGUUUGUCCGGACGCUCUGCAGGGUUCCCGCUCCGCCGCUGGAGGGCGCCGCCGCUUCUUACACUUCAGUUCGUGAAGCAACAAUCAGUUUAUUAAGUUUGAUUUGAAAAUCGUUCCCCAAACUCCAGAUCUGUUUUCAGUUAAUGAUUCUGUUUUUAUGUCAGAACAUUUUUGCAUUUUAAACAUUUAGCUUCACCCUGUAUGAUGAGGUCAAAGGUCACUGAGGAACAUAAAAACCUGAUACAAGAAAAGUCAAUGAAAAGAUAAUUAUUCAUAAUAAUAAUGAAUAAUUAUUAUAGAAAAUUCAUAACUGAGCCAUAAUUUUAAAAUUAAAACACAUCGUCAAUUAUUCUUUAUCUCAUUAUUAUUAAAAUCUUAAUUACAAGAAACAAAAAUUCAGAAUUAAAGGAAAACGGCAAAAUUACUAGGAAAUUAUUGAGAAAAUAAAAAAUAUUAUGAAUGAAUCAAACAUUAGUGUUAUUAUUAAUUAUGAGACAAUAAUGUUAAUAAUCCAUUAGACUAAAAUGACCAGAUCUUUAUUUCAUAAUCACCUAAUGAAAUCUCACAUCUCCUAAUGAUCAUAAUUACAUCAGCGUCCUAAUAUCAGAGAAACUUAUUUUAUUUGAUAACUCUGUUAAAUUCGCAUCCGCUUCCUUGUUUUAAUAAAAUGACACUUAAAAAAUUACAAACAGAAAAAUACAGAAAAUGCAAAGUAUUUUUUUACAGUGUAAUCGAUCGACUGAUUUUAAACUUUGAUUAAAUUCCCGUUGAUGUUGAAACAUUUCAGAUUCAUGAUUUUUACUGUGUUGGGGGGGGUCGUCUCGUUUUGGAGCGGCGCCCUCUGUGACACGAGUUUGAACCCCGCAGUCGCCUCGGUCGACGUCCGUCAGCGUCGUCAGUGUCUUACCAUGGCAACGAUGUCGAUCAUGUGGGUGUGUGUGGGUGGACCUGGAGACGAGCUGCCACCUCCAGGUGUCCGCUGGUGUGUCCGAAACACGCAGACGAUUCUUGUACAAUGAGAUUUUGACGGAUAUUUAACCCUGGGUAAACUGCCUAUUUUGUUAUAAUAAAAGUCUAUAUUGAACUUUACUUAAGCACUACUACUACGGGAAUUAUUUUCUUUGCAUUGUUAAUCAUAUAUGAAUAGAAAAGUAUAAAGAUAUUUGAAUAUGAAUAUAUAUUUUUUCUUUUUCUUUGAUCACCACCUCCUCUGUCUUUUAAUUUUC